AUGGCUGUCGACCAGUCCAAGGUCCUCUCCCUAGUGGAGACCAUCAAGCAGACAGCAUUGCAGGACCAAGGUGCAUGCCGCUCUGCACAGUCGCAUUUCCAGCUGCUCGGCUUGAUCGACGAGCUGCGUCUUGCAGUUGAGACUCCUACGGAGACGGUGCUGCGCUUGAUCUACCAGCCACCGCAAAAUGCAGCCCUCCGCACCGUUAUGGAUCUCGGUAUCUUCCCAUUGUUGGUGGAGCAAAGCAAGCGCGGGAUGUCAGGUACAGAGCUGGCGGCACAAACUGGUGCUGAGCGCGGAUUAAUUGUCCGUCUGAUGCGAGUCAUGACCGCACUGGGCUUGUGCGCAAACCCAGAAUCCGAAUUAUACAUUGCGACCGACAAGACUGUCGCACUCACUCGACCGAUCGGAAGAGAUGGCAUUCCUUGCAUAUACGAUCUGACUCUUCCCACUCUCGCUAAACUUCCUGACUAUUUUCGGGAACACCGCUACAUCUCCCCAAAGGAGUAUGCCCGUUCACCCAUGCAAUGGGCAGUCGGGAAGAGCCAGUUUGAAUGGCUUGCGCAGAACAAGCACCGCCAAUCGCUCUUCAACUCGUACAUGUCUAGUCGUCGUCAUGGCAAACCGAGCUGGUUUGACGUGUAUCCCGUCGAGCGAUUGACAAAUGAUGCCGUGGACCACCAGGAGGCUGUUUUCCUCGUCGACGUAGGCGGCAACCAAGGCCAUGAUCUGGUGAAGUUCCAGGACACGCACCCCGAGGUCCCUGGCCGGCUCGUCCUACAAGAUUUACCCAAGGUGGUGUCUCGCUGUCCUGGGGGGAGAAUCGAAGGAAUGGGGUACAGCUUUUUGGACCCACAGCCUAUCAAGGGCGCAAGAGCAUACUACUUCCGUGCUAUUUUCCAUGACUGGCCAGACCACAUCUGCCGCAAGAUUCUGGUUAACACUAUCUCUGCCAUGGAUCCUGAGUACUCCCGCAUCAUCAUUUCUGACUUUGUUCUCCCGGACACGAAUGCCCCGCUCCUGCAGUCAUCGUUGGACAUCCAGAUGAUGAGCAUCGGCUCGGGGGUGGAGCGCUCUGAACGCCAGUGGCGCGAGCUGCUCGACGAAGCGGGAUUGGAAAUCACUGGCAUUUGGAACAGUAACCCGGGGAUGGAGUCUGUGAUUGAAGCCGUAUCCAAGCGAAGCCAGCGCUGUUCCAGUCCUUGA